AUGCCGCAAUUGAGCUCCAACUAUGAGAUCAACGAGACCGCUACAUUUCCGUACCCAAAGGCUUAUCAAAAGCUCAUGAACCCGAAACCACGACACGAUGAAGAGAAUGGAACUGUAGAUGGCGAAACUUCACUUGCACAGCAUGAGGCACAAGCGGAGAGGAUCGAAUGGAAGACGACCUUUUCGACGCCCUUUUUCGGUAUCGAGGGCACAUCAGCUAUUGAGUUUGAGUCGCGGAUCCAACCAACAUACAUUGCCUUGGGUUUGUUCCUCCGCGGAAAUCCUAAUCCGAAGGAGAGAGUUGUGUUCGUCGAUAAGCCUGACCAGCUUUUUUCCAAGCUCCGCUGGGCGACUUUCCGACUCCGUGGGAUAGGAGGGACUGUUGUCUCGCUAAAAAAUUUAAAAGGCUUCAGAUUAUACAAGUGCGAUGUGAAUACCGGAACACAUAAGCGCGUCAACCUCGAUGACAAUGGGGUCGCUGACUUGCAGCUGUUUAUGAGAUCCUACAGAAGAUGGCAUGUUCCUCGACAUAUAUCCUUGGCGUGGUCAGACUGGAUGCACUGCACCUUGAAUAACAAAAGACUUGAUAUACUCGAGGGCGAAUAUGGCCUUGAGCUGGUACUGGACUGGUCCGUCACCCGCAUCUCGAUCGUGGUACUCAUUCCAGUGUUACUGAGCCUGGCCAUUGGCAUUUGGCUGAACUCGAGAGCGUGGACCGAUCUGGCAACGAUACAGACUGCUUGGGGCACAGCUUCAUACAUUGUGACAGCUGGCGCUUCAAUGUUGGGCUUUCUGGAUAUUGCGGAUAAAUAG